UUUAUGUAUAAUCUAUAAAAGGACGUGAAUGAUUUUAACAAUGAAAUGAAUUAAUAAAUAAAAUGUCAAAUUCCCUGUAAACAGUAUUAAGUCCACCAACCGUUUAUAGAACCAUAAUCAAACAGAAUGUUCCAAACAAAGAAACUUUUCCAUUUUCUUUCACGUCACUGUAUUUCAAGAAACUAUCAAGUAACAGUUGUCGGGGGGGCCAGUGAGAUCGGACAGACUGUCGGAUUGUUGCUCCGGACCCAGCCAGCGAUCACGAAACUGAUCAUUCAUGACGACCUAGAGCACACUCCAGGCGUUGUGUUAGAUUUGUCACACAUACCAUCAGGGUCCGCGUUACAGGGAGUAGUUGGAGGUAACUCUUUGGAAAAGUUCUGGACAGACUCUAGCAUCAUAAUAGCCACAGGCGGCGUAGCCCGAAGCCCGGGGACAUCUAAGGAAACAUGGUUUAACGCAAACGUUGAUUUUAUAAAGACUUUAUCGUCUCGUAUAUCCAAAAUGUCGCCGAUGCCGUUCGUAGGUAUCGCUACGGAACCCAUUAACACUUUAGUUCCCAUGGCUGCGGAAAUAAUGAAGAACCAUGGGGAAUAUGAUCCCAAAAAAAUGUUCGGCAUCACAAUAUUAGAUAAGCUGAAAACAGAAGCAUUGUACGCUGCGGAAGCCGAAAAGGAUCCUCAAAACUGCAACGUCCCAGUGAUAGGCGGCCACUCAGAAAAAACCCUGAUACCGCUACUGUCACAGGCAGAACCCAAAUGUAACUUGGACGAGAAAAGAAUACAAGAAUUCACAUCUAGGGUGAGGUCAUCUGAUAGCGCAAUUUUGAAAUCAAAAUGCGGAUGGUCGCCAUCUUUGUCCGUAGCGUACGGCGCUGUGGCAUUCACUAAAUGUAUUAUGGAUGCUUUGGACGGUCGAACGACUCAAAUACAAGCGUACGUUGAAAACAAUGACUUCGGCACGUCGUAUUUCUCUGGACUGGUCACCGUUGAUCAAAAUGGAGUUAAGGAGAUGCAAAGCUACUCAAACCUAUCGUCAUACGAAUGUCAGUUGUUAGAAAGAAGUAUCGAGCAGCUGAGAAAGGAAGUCCUGAUGGGGAAGAAGGCACUGGAGCUGGAGUAGUCCAGAGUUCAUAUUGAAAAUAAUACACAGUUGUACCAA